ACUUAGAGCCACUUUCCCAAAGAUUUGCUUUCCACCUACAUUGCCUGGUCUCUCAACACAUCAAUCAUUUGUCUUAAGUGCAGUUACUUGAAAGAUAAGUAAGGAUCUUACUCUAAAUUCACCUUUUCUCUUGUAGCCUAGGCUACCCCUAAAUUCCCUGUUUAAGCCCAAGGAUGACCUUGAACCUCUUACCUUUUACCUACAGCUUUCAAAUGCUGAGAUGAUGGAUGCCAGCAGGCUGGGGUUUUGUUUGUUUCCCUUUUCCAGACAGGGUUUCUCUGUGGAGCCCUGGCUGCCCUGGAACUGACUCUGCAGACCAGGCUGGCCUUGAACUCGCAGAGAUCCACCUCAGGCCAGGUUUUAUGUGGUUCUGGGGAUCAAACCCAGGAUUCUGCAUGUUAAGCACUCUACCAACUAGGCUAUACUCCCCAGUGCUACUGGGUAGGUUUUUUAAAAAGACUUUUUCCAGUUUACCUCACCUAGGCCUCCCUUCCAGGAACUUUUCAUCAUCGUUCCAGUCCUCUUCACUGCAGAGUUCUGCUUGUCUCCCUAGGAGUACACCUCACUUCAGAUCUACCUCAGAACUAGUGCCAGACAGUUUCACACUGAAACUUUCAAUGGGAGUCCCUAAUAUUUUCUGGAGCCCACUGCAUUUAAAUGCCAUUGUCUUGCUUGUCUUCCCUCUGUUCACUCUUGUUUUUACUUAAGCCCAGCCCCACAUUCUCCAGUUCUGUGCUUGCUAUGUCCACUUCUACUCACCUAGAACGUUCUUCAUAGCUACCACUCAACCCAAUACCCACUUUAUGUGGCACUCUCUCGUUUCCAAUACACAUUAACUUUUUUUUUCCCCCGAGACAGGGUUUCUCUGUGUAGUUUUGGUGCCUGUAGACCAGGCUGGCCUCGAACUCACGGAGAACCAAGUGCUGGGAUUAAAGGCGUGCGCCACCACCGCUGGCUUCACAUUAACUUUUUUGAAUUACAAUAUUGAAGUGGAAGACAGCUUUGUGGUUCUCACUUAGGAAUCCACCAACUGACCUUAUUUGGUCUGUUUAAGCAUGUUGGAAUACAUUGCAACGUAUAUUACUCAUCUCAUUGGACCAAAAGUUGAGUACCUACUCUGCUAGGGCCAGAGAAUUACAGAAAAGAAGAAACUAGAGUUCCCAAUGUCAAGGCUCCCUUCAGGGAUUGUUAUAACCGUGCUGUGGCAAAUAUUUGUCAUCUCUAGUGAGAAAAUGAGAGGAGACUUAUCCCAAACCCUGCGGUCAAGACUCCAAAUGGACUUCCUAUUGCCUCUUAACUUUCUCAGAACGGAACUUUGGUUGUCUCCCCAGGACCACUAGAUUAUUCUGGAACAUUAGGCACGUACGCUGUUUCUAAUGCCACGACCCAGGGACAACGUAUGCAGGCUCAAAGGAAUGUAAAACGCACCCAUUCUUACUCUAAACUGCCUUUCCAGGGCUAGAGACAGGGCAGCGGCGACACUUCAGGAAGCUGUUGUGAUUCAUGGGCGUGGAGGAGCCAGUCCAAAGGCGCAGGCGCCGCGCCCUAGCCCCGCCCACUCCAGCGCGGGCGCUGCUACCCCGCCAAGCUCUGACCCCUCCCACUCGGGUCUGCCGGGAGGUUACAGCCGCAGUGCUGCGCCAGGGCCCGACUCCUGCCCCGCCCACUUCCGGCGCGCCCUCCGCGGCUGGGAACGCCCCGUCGGUUCCUGUCCGGCCCCUGCUCGUGACGUCACCGCGGCCCCGCCCAUCUCCCCAGCCUCAGCUGCUCGCUGCACCAGUCCGCCGACCCUCCGCUAGUCGCCGCCGCCGCCGCCAAAAUGUCCACAGGUGUGCCUUCAGGAAGUUCAAGUGCGGCCACUGGCAGUAAUCGAAGACUCCAGCAGACACAAAAUCAAGUAGAUGAGGUGGUUGACAUCAUGAGAGUCAACGUGGACAAAGUGUUAGAAAGAGACCAGAAGCUCUCGGAGCUCGAUGACCGUGCAGAUGCACUGCAGGCAGGUGCUUCUCAGUUUGAAACAAGUGCUGCCAAGUUGAAGAGAAAGUAUUGGUGGAAGAACUGCAAGAUGUGGGCGAUAGGGAUCAGUGUCCUGGUGAUUGUUGUCAUCAUCAUUGUUGUGUGGUGUGUCUCUUAAUGAAGAACCUGGUGAAACCGAAGCCCACUGUUCAGGAGCGUCUUGUUCAAGACUUUCUACUUAGAACCUGCUGUGUUAUUGAGCUUGUUUUUCCAAAUGAUUAUUUUUGUUAGUUUACAUACAGUUCAGUGCCUAAAAAAUGUGCCUUUGUUUUAAUAUACACUCCAAACUGGGGGGUGUGCCUUAUCCUGCUCACAUUUUGCACAGUGCCUUCACAGAUUUAUGCACCGACUAGGAAAGAGGACUUCUGAUGCUCCAGAGUGCUGGAGUCUGGAUGGAUGUUGUCACUGACAACUUGCUGUGGAUUCCAGGAAGGGGAUUCUGUUCAAGUCAGCUGUCCCCACAUCUGACAUCGUCUUCAAAACCACAUUUUAAACCUUUGGGUGAUUAGAUUACCAGUGCCUUCUGAGAAGAACACUACUGCCUAAUACAAAUUGGUGACAAUAACAGGGUGUGCCUUAUUUUGAUACUUGGCUCAUUUUCGUUAAGAGGACCCUCCGUUUUGUAAGCACUACUGACUCCCACUGUAUUAAGAUGCUCUCAUGUUAGGUGUGAAGAUGUUUACUUUCUUGUUCUUGUUGUGUAUCGCUUCUAAAAGAGUAUUUUAAUCAGAAAUAACCCUUGAAAAAGUUUUUGUAGGACUAUGACCAAAGUUUCUUUUUUGCCAAAACUGAAAUACAAUGUCCGUUAAGUCUGUCCCUAAUAGAUUUAAAUAAGUGCCAAAUGUAACUCAGGUUGUCCUUCAAGAAAAUUGUUUAUACUGUGUGAGCCUUCAACAUUUUCACAGUCCUUCCUGUGAAAUGCUGUAGAUGAUGCUACUCCUUCAAAAUUGGUUUCUUUCAUAGAGCUAUAGAGGUGAGCUAAAGCAAGCAAUUUGCAGAUUGAACGAGAGACUGUAGCCUCUAGUGCAAUGUGAGCAGCGGCUCCGCAGCCUCACAGAGUCAUUAGCAAAGACCGGAACUCUUGACUACUAUUUACUGCUUUUACUCAUACUUCACUUCUAAAUCAGUCCUCUGUAUUAUGCUUGAGGUGAGGCAUUGGUCACUUCCAAAUGGAUAGCAAACCAGAGAUGCCUGUUGCUCUUAAGACAUAGCUGUUGCCAUCUGAGACACUUUCGUUGUGUAUAUGACUUUCAUCAAGGUGUGGUUCAGAGAUGGGCGUUCAGGCAUGAAUGUAAAUAAGGAAGCAGGGAGGAUGAAGUAGAGGCUCUCUUUGCCUGUGGUAGUGCCACUAGAAUGUCCUGGAAUUUGUGUUUGUGUGCAAAGUGGCAUCAGUCAAGAUGUAAUAGAAUCUGGUUCCAGUUUUUUAUUUGUUCCCUAACAUUACUGAAACAGUACAAAUAUUGAAAGCAUGUCCCACUAUGGGAACGCAGCAUCAGCCUGGGGCCUCUGUCUUGGUCUGACCCCACAACCUUGGUGCUGUCUCCUCCAUACUCAGACCCAUGUAACUCACUGGCUCCUGUGUUAACACAGUAAUACCUCGCUUGUCUGUGCAUUCAGCUGGGAACUUUCCCGCUAUGAAAUCCUGAAUAAAGUUGUUUAUUAACAUGA